AUGCCCGGCUACGGACCGUCUCAAGUAAAAUGCGAGCCGCUGUCAGAUGGAGAAGACAGCAAUUCCCAGUUCGCAAAUAGUUUUCUAACUAAUCAGUUCCCCGCAUCGGGAUUACUAACAGUGAAAGUGGAAGCCGUGGACCAGACAGCAAAGCAUGUACCCUCGCACAUAUUACGUCAUAUGCAGGUCGAUGAGGUCGAUGAGUUGGAGCUGACGCCACCUGCGCCGGCCGCGCCUUCGGCAACCCCCGUGUGCGCGCGCCGGGUGCCCCCACCCAGGGCUUCGCCAGAGACCCUGGAGACCCUCGAACCAGCGCGCGCCUCGACGGGCACCACAUUGCUGGACCGUCGAAUGCAGAUGCUGGACCCUGGCGAUGACUUCGGCCCCCUGCUCUCGGUCAAAGACGAGCCCCUGUCGGAAAGCGAGCAGCAGCAGGCGAGCGACGACGCCAGCGAGUGCGGCGCCGGCGGCGAGGGGGAGUCCCGCGGCAGCCCCAAGAGCUGGUCGCCGCGGGACAUGGAGCGGGCGCUGCAGGCGCUCAGGGACCGCCGCAUGAGCCUCACCAAGGCGUCCGCCCUGUACGGCAUCCCGUCGACGACGCUGUGGCAGCGCGCGCACCGGCUGGGCAUCGACACGCCGAAGCGCGACGGCCAGCCGCGCCGCUGGGGCGAGCCCGAGCUGCGGGCGGCGCUGCACGCGCUGCGCGCCGGCACGCUCUCCGCCAACAAGGCCAGCAAGGCCUACGGCAUCCCCAGCAGCACGCUGUACAAGAUCGCGCGGCGCGAGGGCAUCCGGCUGGCGGCGCCGUUCAACGCGGCGCCCACGGCGUGGCGGCGCGCCGACCUGCAGCGCGCGCUCGCCGCCAUCCGCUGCGGCGCCGCCUCCGUGCAGCGCGCCGCCGCGCACUUCGGCAUCCCCUCCGGUACCCUGUAUGGGCGGUGCAAGCGAGAGGGCAUCGAGCUAUCCCGCUCCAACCCCACGCCCUGGUCAGAAGACGCUAUGGGCGAGGCGCUCGAAGCCGUCAGGGUUGGCCAGAUGUCCAUAAACCAGGCGGCCAUCCACUACAACCUGCCCUACUCCUCGCUCUACGGAAGGUUCAAGCGGUGCAAAUAUCAGACGCAGAGCAUGGCGCCGGAGGGCGGGUCCCCGGAGAGCGCGGAGGGGCAGGGCGCGGCGGGCUGGUGGGGCGGAGGCGCCGAUGGCGCAGUCCCGUGCAGCCAGCUGCUGGCCGAGGCGCAGACGCUGCUGCACGAGCAGUACGGCCAGCACGCGUACGGCGCCUACAGCGGCCUGGCCACCAGC